GCUCUCCUGAGCCGUGCGGCUUAGCCGCGCAGCUGAAUCCAUGCACCUCGACCCAGGAGGGCACAACUCUUUAAAUUCAAAUUCAUAUUGAUUGAAUAUCGGGUACUGGAUUGAGCUGACCUUGUGCAGAUGUUAACUAUAAAUCCUCUUUAAGAUGACUGAAUUAUUUCAAAUUAUGUUUUAAUAUUUUAAAUUCAGAAUAAUAAAAAAAAAACAGGAUACAAAAAAUUAGAUAUAUGACAAAUUCUUAAUAUUGAAAUAAAAGACUGCGCACACAAAUCCAGUCUAUCGAAUAAACAAGCAAAGAAAUAUAAAGCUAAGUUUAAAAAACCAACUAGCAGUUGAAACGCCCUGGCGAUUUUUUAUGACGUAAUCCGGCGUCGAGUGCCGCGUGUAGCUGAAGGAAAAUGGCUGCCUCCAUAGCCCAGCAACUCGAAGAUUUGUUAAAUCCCUUACCAAAAUUCGCGGACCCAGAAGACGACCAGGAUGAAGAGACCCGAGCCAAGGUGAUAGAGGCAUUUGACGAGGGAGAAAACGAAGAUGAAAGCAGCAGCAGCCUGCGGAAACGAGCCACCGCCCCGCUAUCUGAUUCGGACCGGCGGUACCGGGGCAGGGUGACGUCACGUAAGAAGCUCCAGGAGGAGACUGAACCUUCCGAAGAUGAAAGUAAGGACGCUGAUGAAGAUGAGAAUGAAGACCUCAGUGACGAGGAGGAGGAGGAGGAGGGGGGCAUGGACGAAGAGGAUGAUGAGAGUGAAGACGAUACCGAGAGCUUUACUGCUUGCACAGCAGAAGCAACCACCAUGAAGAGCCUGGUGAAGAAGAUGAAGGAGACGGACAUUACCUUCCCCACUGAUGUAGACGUCCGCAAGCUAACCGAAGGUAUGGAUGAUACUGGAGACAGUGAGGAGGAUGAGGAUGAGGAUGAGGAUGAAGAGAACGAAAGGACAGAGGAAGGUGAAAGCGAAGAACUGGAAACGGAGGAGGACAUGCAAGAAGAUGACUUGGAUGAGGAUGAUGGUGCUGUGAUGACCUUCUCCAAGGCGAAGGUCAGUGAGGAAGUGGAAAAGGGGCAAGCCGUGAAGAAUCAGCUUGCUCUCUGGGACCAGCUUCUCGAAGGACGAAUCAAAUUGCAGAAAGCUCUGCUGACCGCCAAUCAGCUGCCUCAGCCGCACACUUUCCCAGAGUUCAAGGCCAGAGGUGGAGCAGACUUCACUGAUGCACUGAAGAACAGCCACAAGGCUCUGAAGGCCCUCCAGAGGUCCAUCCUGGAACUGCAGGACCACCUCCUCUACCAGAACCCAGAAACCAGGCCUGUCGUGUUGGGCAAAGCCGGUCCAAACAGUGAGGGCGAUGAAGUGUGCUCUGAGGAGGAAGAGGAGGAUGAAGGGCGGCAGGGACUCCCGAAGCGCAAGCUGCAAAUGGCGGACUACCCCGACCUCAUGGCGAAGCGAUUUGCUUCCUUCCAGUCAUACCGCAACGGCACUCUGCAGAAGUGGCACGACAAAACCUGCCUCACCAUGGGCAAGACUGGCAAGAGCUUCGGAGCGUUCGACCGGAACAUUCUGACGCAGGUGGAGCAGGUCCUGUCCGAACCGGAGCGGCUCAUCCAUCGCACCCAGAUCAAACGCUCGGAGUACCGUGUGCUGGGGGGGGUGUCUUCCGCCUCGUCUGGCCCCUCUCCCGGCUGGGCCACUACGGAGGGCGAGGAGCUGGCUUUGAAGGCCAACGCGCAUCUGAAAGACCUAGAUGAGGAAAUCUUCGACGACGACGAUUUCUAACACCAGGUAUGUGCUCUCUCCAGCACGGCCUUGUAAGUGUCC